AUGCGAACAGUGAUGAUAAUUGGAUCUCUCAUGAAUUUAGGAGCAUGGAUUCGUCUCUUUGCACUUAUCUCACCCACUCAUGGUUAUGCUUGGCUCAUGCUUGGUCAACUCCUACCUGGUUUAUCGGCGCCAAUCUUUUUCAAUGCAGCUGCUCUAUUUGCCGCUCGUUGGUUUGCACCUGGACAGCGUGAUCUCGCUACGGCCAUUGGCUCUAUGGCCAAUCCACUAGGUUUAGCUAUCGGGUUUCUGUUUCCAUCUCUGAUCGUGACUGAUGAUCCAUCCUCUCAGCAGUUUCUCAUCGUUCUUGUAUCAGAAGCUGCCUUCGCUACGUUGACCAUGCUUAUAGUACUCAUUGCCUACCAAUCAAGUCCCCCAACACCUCCAUCACUCUUCGAUGAGCAAGAAGCCAGCGAAAUCAAACGAGAUCUUCUUUACCUCGUCACUAACCGUCACUUUCUCAUCCUCCUGUUUUCGUUUAGCAUAGGCUUCGCUCUUUUCAAUGCAUUGACUUUUCUUCUCUAUCAACUUGUCGAACCAACUGGAUAUUCGAGUGGGAAUGCAGGUGUAUUCGGUGCAAUUAUCAUUGUAGCUGGUCUUGUUAAUGCGUGUAUUGCUGGUGUGAUUAUGGAUCGCACACAUGCCUACCGACUCAUACUCAAAGUAUUGAUUGUGGGUGCCUGCUGUUCGAUUAUUUAUUUCAUUGUCAUUCUUCGUCCGUCCAUGUUCUAUCCGCUAGCUGUCUCAUUCGGACUAAUGGGUUUUUUUCUAUUACCACUUUUACCCGUUGUAUUCGAAUGUGCAGUUGAGUGCACCUAUCCAAUACGUGCUGCAUGGUCUACUGGAUUACUUUUGUGUGUUGGUAAUGUUCUUGGUGGCGUUUUCAUUUUCAUUCUCGACGAUUUUAUCAAAAAAGCUCCGGUCUAUACAUCAGGCGUUGUGUUUACGCCCGCCUCCAUAUUCAUAUUCUGUAUGUCGGUAAGUAGCGCACUUCUGUUGCUUUUCUACAAUGGACCCUAUUUGAGACUCAAAGCUGAAACUGCAUAUGUUGCCGAAUGUUCCACAAAUAUGUAGUUUAUUCGUGUUUGUUUUAAUCGAAGAAAAUAAAGCAGCAAUUUACUUUAAUAAGAAAUCAGUUGUAUAUUGUCGAUUAUCACAAAAAUGCUAUUAUAUCAACUAAAGUACAUUUUCGACUCAUUAUGACCUUCGUCCGAUAGUCGUACUCAAAAUUCAGAUAGGAUUGAAUCAUGUGUAUAUCGAAUGAAGUAUCUCUGUGACAAGGCUAUGAAUCAUUUCGUGUAUGUAUAUUUUUCAGAAGAAAUUCAUUGCUCAAGAUUCGAUUGCGUAUUUAGAAAUUCUUCAUAAAGUUCUUUACAGAUUGAUGCAAUAAUGGCUACUACGAAGCUUGAAGAAUAAAACUGUAGCAAAUUAAAUAAUCUAAAUCAUCAACAUAACUAACUUUCAAAACUUACUUCAUAAACAAUUCCGCCAGUUUGUCUAGAUUGAAAGAACAAAUAAUUAUUUUGAAGGAGAUUAAGAUUUGGACGUAACAUUCUACAUUAAAAAUUCAAUUUCGUUUUUCUCCCAAAAAAGCAUCGAUUUUCUGAGGAAGUACUUAUCUGGCUGAUCACUCUCCAAGCAAUCACAGCAAUAUCCAACAUUUUCAAAAGUGACAAUCGAACGAACAUUGAGUGAGAAAGCAUUUCAGCAAAGAUACCAUUACUAGUGUGUAAAUACGAAAAAGUUCGAUUCUCAUAGAAUUAUUCUCAAUUCUACUUGCUUGAGAAUUGAGACCGGUGCCGUUAAUUUUGAAUUAAAACGUAGAUUAUAUCAUAAUGAUACAUACUAAAAGUGUUCAUUUGUGAAAACAUUCGCGUGCACUUUUCAAGUAUCGAUGAAAUCAUCAAAUGAGUAGCUAUUACAAAGACUUCUUUGUUUUACAAAAUUUCAUCUAUCUGCAAAACCAACCUAGUAUAUAUCAAUGGUAUAUUAAGAGAAUGUUUAUUGAGCUAGAUGUUGGUGUUUCAAUGUGAAUGAGUGCGUAAAGAUCACAAUAUUUUUUCAUCCACUCACACCAUCUUCACCGCACACCUACACUUAUUCUCCUUUGUUCAUUAAGCCUUGACUAUUAUCGAACGACAAAAAUAUUGUUUAAUCUGUUUGAACCAUUAUCAAAUAUUUUAAUUAGACAGUAACAUCUAUUGAAUGCACCUUUUACUAUAGUUUCAUUACGAACAAUAAAUCUAAUAGAUCAUGAACCAUUGAUUUCUACAGGAUGCACAAUUUAACAACCGUCUAAACUUAAGAAUUUGUUGUAACUGCAUUUGCAAAAUGAAUGUGCCGUAAUCAAAACAGAACACUGAAUGAUAACUAUAUUUAUAAGGAGCGUACUACUGCUUUCUGAAGAGUAGUGAUAUCUGCAACCGUUUACAUGACAUUUAUUGAGUUUUAGUUUGACGUAGAUUUUAUUCUAAUGUUUGUUAUACUCUCUAGUAUUCAUCUUAUAGCGUAAUCUAAAGAUCUAUUUAUUUAUCCAACUUUAACAUAGGUACACGUUAUUGAUGAAUGCUCGACAAAAAAAAUCAGUCAUCAAACUCUUGACUUUGUGAUCACAUCAGAAAUUUACAGCUUUAUUCAUCUAUUUGGAUAUCUGUCCAGUGGACGAUCUACAACUCAUGUCAGAAUCGAGAUUCAACUAAUAAAUGAACGUUCAUGAAACGAGCAAGUGCGACAAUAAAAGUUUUAUUCAACUAUGUGUUUUUUGAAUGUACAGCUCGUGCGUAAAUGAAUUGACCAAUGAUUACAUGGCUAAUGAAUGCUUCUAACGAUUCUUGCAUCUUCGACAUUCGUAUAUAUUAGUAGUAAUCUUCUGUUCACUAUUAUGUCCACUGAUAAGCAAUAGUUUGAACUUGGUCAUCUAAUCGAUAGUCACAUCACAAACGAAUAGAAUUUAGUGAUGUUGCAAUCACGACAACUACAAUUAUAUUCGUGUACGUCGUUGACUUCAAAACGAACUUUUUCUAUUCAUUAUAUAUCGGCUAUCAUAUGAAAACUGAGUGCUUCUGAUAAAGAGAACCACAAUGAUGAUGACAAAUAUGAGAAAAAUUCUGAACAGUUACUUCAUUCACUUCAGGUGAAUGGUAUGAAAUAAGUGAACUGAUUUCUGAUUAUAUGACAACUGAACAUGUCUCAAGAGCGAAAAAACCAUAACAAUGGUUUUGGCGAUGAUCACCAUGAAUUUGUACAAAUUUCUACGCAAGAUCAAUAAAAGGCUUUCAGAUAGACAGCAAGGAGUUAGAUCCCAUAAAAAUAUGAAUAGUCUCAAUAGCAACGAUGAAUAAUUUCAAAUAUCUUUUUACUUCAAAGCAAUAGAUGAAAAAACGUUAUAGAAGGGGCAAUGACGUAAUAGAUGAUUAUUCUUCAUUACGACAAAAAAGCUAUUGACAUAUGCUGUAGACUACGAAAUAUAGUUGAUCACUUAUAUAAAUAAUCGAGAACUGCGUUGCCAGUGAAUAGUAAUGACGAGGAAAAGGACAGAAAAAGUGUUUCUCAUGUGGAAGUUUUGGUAGGCGCUUCUCUGAUGAUGGCUCGGGUGGAGGUUGGUCAACUGUUGGCGCGAGUGAGUAGUGUUCAAUUGACAGUAAGGGUGAGCGCUCUUUAGUGAAUAAUAUGGGUGAGCGCCGUUCAGUUAAUAGUAUGGGUGCUUGUUGCUCAGUCAAUAGUAUGGGCGAGCGUUUUUCACUUGAUGACACGGGUGAGCGUUGUUCAACUGAUAGUAUAGGUGAGCGUUGUUCAGUUGAUAGCACUGGUGAGUGAGGCUCAUUUGAUGGUACGGGUGAGCGUUCUUCAGUUGAUGGCACUGGUGAGUGAUGCUCAAUUGAUGGUACGGGUGAGCGUUCUUCAGUUAUUAGUAUGGGUGAGCGUUGUUCAGUUGAUAGCAUGGGCGAGCUUUGUUCAGUUGAUGACACAGGCGAGUGUUGUUUAAUUGAAAGCAUGGGUAAACGUUGUUCAGUUGAUGGCAUAGGUGAGCGUUGUUCAACUGAGAGUAUGUGUGGACUUUGUUUAACUGAUAGCUUGGUAGGAUUUUGCUCAGGUGGUGCUUCGAUCAACUGGAUUGAAUUGCGAAAAUCUAAAUAAUUAUAGAUUAUCAGAUAUAAAUAAUCAAUUGAGAAAAAACGUUGUCCUGUAUAUCCAGGCAAAUAAAGUCAAUAAAAGAGGUUUUUAGAGAUACCUGUAUCAAAUUUGUAUCUGAAGAAAUACAGAGUCAGUCUAUGUUCUGUUUUUUUUUCAGCAAAAUGGGCAGUAAGCUUCUCAAGUUUAAAAGAAUGCUAGUAGUUUUAUGCAGCUCUGUUUUAAAAGUUAAUUAUCGUAUAAAGAUUACAAAAAUUAUGCAUACUCUUCUGUUUGAUAAAGCUCCGCCGUAUCCACACUCUGAUCAGUGACACGCAGUACUCAAUCAGCAAUUUAACUAGUUGGUUAAAGAUCAGCAUCCGACUGAUGUACUGUCGCUUGUCGAUGUUUCAUCAUAUCUUUUCAACGCAUAAUACAAAUGCUUAUCAUUCAAACUGAGUUACCUGUACUGUUAAUUAACUAUAAUGAAAAUUUUUGUGAUUAACAAUUCAGCUGAGGUAGAAAGUCUCACGAACUCAAGUACCUUAACAUUCAAUCGAUAGCGAUGCAUUUGAACUUAUACUCACUUUAUACGGACUGCCAUCAUGAGAUAUGUUUUUGUUAGAAAGUUGUUCUCUCGUUCUUGCCUCAAUGAAAAGCCUAUUUCCUCAAGACUGCGAGAAAACUCAAAAGAUGUCACAGAAACUGACGCGUAAGGAAUUUUUCAUUAAGAUUAUUAAUAUAUAGCGUCUCCGGCUUCUAUAAUAACAUUUUUUUCUCGAUGCUUUGAGACUGAAAAUGUUGUUACUUUUGUUUCUAACUAUUUAAUAAGUCUCACUACGUUCAUAUUUCGUUUGAUAUCCUUUGAUCUUCUCCAAGCGUCACAGACCAUGGUAGAAAUUUCUACGUACUUGUCUUUUUAAUCUUUACCGACAGUGCUCGACACGUCUACAACCCUGCUUUACCGAUAGAGAGGUUCCAUUGUCUUGCAAAUUUUAUUCCGGCAGAAAUUUUGCUGAAAACUUUUUAAGAUGAAUAGAUUGUUGGAACUCUAGGAACAUUACUCAGUACGUAUGGAUAUUUCUUUCUUUCUGAUCUGCAUACACAUUCGCCUUUCUUCUACAGAACAAUUUAGAUCAACUUAUCUGAUGUCAUCAUUAUCUUGACGUUUAUUUGAAGUACUAAUAUUAAGAUUUUAUUUCAAUGAAAACUCUUACAGACUUUCGGUAUUUGAGAAAGAAUAUUUUUAACGCUUACCAUUUGCUCCUACUAGACACACAACAUAUAAACCAUCGGCAAUCAUGAUCGGAGUGCCAUCCAUACGCACUUUCAUUCCGGGCCACAAUAACACUUCCUCCAAAUCAGAAGUGGUGUAACCAGUUACAUUCUUCCCAUCAACAGAGUCGAUUCUAAAGAGAAUUCCAUUGGGACCGAGAUGUUCUUUGAUAGCAUGAAAUGACGUUGAACCAGAACUCAGACCACACCAGAUCAUUUCUGUAUUAUUUUUUAUUACAUUCAUGUCAUCACCGUACAUUCCUCGCCAAAUUUCUUUUGUCACAUUAGGCAAUUUAUCGAUUCCAGAUUUCAACAAGGUGAGAUAGAGAAGCCAAGGUAUGAUUUGAGAUCGAUUUUUAGAUUGCAAUGCUUCAUUCAACUGGUCAUAAACACAAUUUUCGCCAUAUAGCAUAGUGUAGAGAUAAAUAGCGGCGGAUUCAUCACGAGUGAGGCCGUGCUCUGAUGGAAAAUGACAAUUUUUUUUGGCCAUUCUUAUGUAAUGAGGAUCAAUUGGAGGAACAAUGGGUUCCAGAGCUUGUUCAAGGGAGACGAUAGGUUUUCUCAAAUCUGAAUCCGUGAGUAGUGGUCGAUUUGUAUUGUUGAGAUCAACGUCGGUAAAUCGAUGCAAUGCAAGCAAUUCAGUGGGGUCAGUAUAGGAAGUUUCGUUCUGUCCGUAAGAUGGUG